AUGCUGCUACUAAUUUUCUUUGCAAUUAGUGUCUUCAUUUUCCUUGUUUACUGGAAAUUCAUUCGUCCACAAAAAGCUUUAUAUGACACUUUUUGUGAACAAGGUGUUUCAUGUGAACCAUUCAAACCUUUAAUCGGUCAAUUACUUGACAUUCAUCAUGCCUUUGACAACGACACAAUUGUAGAUUAUCGAAAUCAAUUGAUUGAAAAGCAUGGUUAUGUCUAUACCAUUGGUUUCGGACCAUCAACAACAUUGGUAAUCAUGGAUGCUGAUAUGCUCGCUGAUGUAUUCGGUCGAACGCAUUCACAAGAUUAUCGAAAACCAGUUGGAAUGGAUAAAUACUUCAAACCAUUGAUUGGAAUACAUAAUUUAUUAGUUAGUGAAGGAGAGGAACAUACACGUGCACGCCAAAUGUUAAAUCCAGCUUUUCAUUAUGUGCAUUUACAAUCGAUGAUUGAUCUUAUGAUCGAUCAAACAAAGAAGACGAUCGAUGAACUUUUCUUAUUAUCCAAUACCAAUCAAUUUGUUGAUUUAGAUACUCAAAUGAAUAAUAUCACCUUAGCGAUUAUUGCAUCGAGUGCAUUUGGAAAAGAUUUUCAAUCCACAUCGAAUUCCAAACAAAUUCUACGUCAAUCCAUUAAUGAAUUAUUACGAGUUCUGGAAUACCGAGCAAUGCGUAUGAUUGAUGAUAUACCUCUCAUUGGUCGAUUACCAUUUUGGGGUAAAAAAAUAAUCAACAAAUGUUCGAUGGAUAUUUCAAACUUUGUUGAUGAAAUUAUUUCUGAUCGUCGACAUGAAAAAUCGACGAGUCUUUCGUCGAAUGAAGAUUUACUUGAUCUUCUUCUUUCAGCAGUUGAUGAUCAAGGAAAACCAUUUGAUAAUCAAGAAAUUAAAGAUCAAGCGUUGACAUUCGUUCUUGCUGGUCAUGAAACAACUGGAAGUUUAUUGACAUGGACUAUGUAUGUUUUAAUGACAAAUGAAAAAGUUUUCGAAGCAUGUCGAGAAGAAGUUGAUCGAAUACUUCCUAAUGGAGCUGAAAUUACUCGUGAAAAUCUCAAUCAAUUGGUCGUUUGUGAAGCGAUUCUUCAAGAAACACUUCGUCUUUAUCCACCGGCAUCGUUUCUCUCACGAGAAUGUAUUCGUGAACAUUACAUAGGAAAAGAAGGACAACGUCAAAUACGUAUUCCUGUUGGAGCGAAAGUAAUGGUCAGUGUACAAGUUCUUCAUCAAAGAGAAGAAUAUUGGUCUCAACCAACUGAAUUUGAUUAUACGAGAUGGAUGAGAGAUCCAAUUACAGGCUUAAAACCAAAAUUAUCUCAUCCAUUUUGCUAUUUACCGUUUGGAGCUGGACCGCGGAAUUGUAUUGGACAAAAUUUUGCUUUACUUGAAUCGAAAAUAAUCUUAGCAAUGCUUAUUCAACGAUGCAAUUUUGAAAUCGAACCUGGUCAAAAGAUCGUACCUGUUGUUCGAAUUGCUAUGAAAUCGAAAUAUGGAUUAAGAGCAAAGAUUACCCAACGUUCUUUUAAUUAA